AUCCACGAUUACGCGAUUAGUCUCGUACAGUUCACUGUUUUACCGAUCGUGUAAACACCCACACGUUCGUGACGAUACACGAAGAGCGUCGAAGAAUGCGUGAUUUUUUUGGCGGUGCUGUCUUCUCUCGGCGUGAUCUCUACUUUCGCAUUUGGCACAUCUUUUCGAUAUUUCGGUACAAAACUAGUCUGUUCCGUGCGUACGUCAUGACGAUCUUCCGAGAAUGUCUCCUCGCGUACUUCGUCGUCGGCCUUGCGUCGUUAGCUGCGUGCGACGUGAUCUCGAAGGAGCCGACUGUGCUGAUCGCGAUUCUGGUCAGGAAUAAAGCACACACUCUGCCGUAUUUCCUCAGUCUCCUGCAGCGGCAGGACUACCCUAAGCAACGAAUAUGCCUCUGGGUACGCAGCGACAAUAAUGUCGACAAUUCCAUAGAGAUAUUGACCAAGUGGAUCAAUUCGGAAGGCGAGCUGUAUCAUUCUCUGAAUGUCCACUUGAACGCAACGUCGACGGGGUUCGAAGACGAGAAAACGAUCGCCGAUUGGUCGCCCAGCAGAUUCGCACACAUAAUAGAUUUGCGCGAAAGAGCACUUAAUCACGCGAGACAAGUGUGGGCAGAUUUCAUUUGGAUGCUGGAUGCUGACGUCUUCUUGACCAAUUCAAGCACUUUGCGAGACUUGGUUCUGAAGGGGAAAACUGUCGUGGCACCUUUGUUGAAAUCGGACGGCAUGUACAGCAACUUUUGGGCCGGUAUGACGGCGGAACAUUACUACGUGCGCACAGAUCGAUACGAGCCGAUUUUAUAUCGUGAGGAGACCGGAUGUCACGACGUACCCAUGAUCCACAGUGCAGUUCUCAUAGAUUUGCGAAGACGUGACUCCGAUCGUCUGACCUACAAGGCCGAGAAACUGAUCGGUUACGACGGACCCGUGGACGAUAUUAUAACAUUCGCCGUUGGAGCGAAUAAGUCGGAUGUGUCAUUGUUCGUGUGUAACGACGAAAUUUACGGUUUCGUCAUGGUACCCUUGGAAAGUGACGAGUCUAUCGCGGAGGAUACGCUACGGUUGACCAACACGAAGGUAGAAAUGUUGGCCCACAGCGACUAUCUGCCACUGUCAGAAGAUCUGAAACAAUUCGUGACAUAUCCGGAGAUGGACACCUUAAGUUUGGAUCACAUUUACAUGAUAAAUCUGCUGAGAAGACCGGAGAGACGCGGAAGAAUGCAAAGACUCUUCAAGGAACUCGGCAUUCGGGCGGAAAUUAUUGACGCCGUGGAUGGUAGGACUUUAAACGAGAGCAUCCUGAAGGAAUGGGGCGUGAAACCGAUGCCGGAAUACGCAGAUCCUUACCACAAGAGGCCGAUGACGAUGGGCGAGAUCGGUUGCUUCCUCAGCCACUACGUCAUCUGGCAGAAGGUGUUAGAGCACGGUUACAAGGACGUAAUGGUGCUGGAGGACGACGUCCGCUUCGAGCCGUUCUUCCGACAGAAAGUUCGCUACGUGUUGACGGAACUGUCCGACCUCGGCGUCGAGUGGGACUUGAUAUAUUUGGGCAGGAAGAGACUGAUGGAAUCAGAGGAGAGCCGUAUACAGGGCUCCAAGUUCCUCGUGCGGGCGGCGUACAGCUAUUGGACGCUCGGCUAUGUCCUGUCGGAGAGCGGGGCGAGGAAGCUGCUGAGCGCUAUGCCCCUCGGGAAAUUGGUGCCCGUCGACGAGUAUCUACCUAUACUUUCGGACACGCACCCCAAGACAAUGGCUCUCGAAUUAGGCCCGCACAAUAUAAGGGUCAACACUGUAAAUCCUACGGUUGUGAUGACAGAAAUGGGAAAAUUGGGUUGGAGCGAUCCGCAGAAGGCGCGAGAUAUGCUCAGUAAAAUCCCGCUCGGUCGAUUCAGCGAGGUUGAUGAGGUGGUGGAUGCUAUCGUAUACUUAUUGAGUGAUCGAAGUUCCAUGAUCAACGGGGUCUGCUUGCCCAUCGACGGUGGUUUCUUGGCCUUGUAAGCAGGAGUCAA